AUGUUAGCUGAAGUUGUUACACGAAAUGGCGAAACCUUUAUCCAGAACGCUGUUACUGAUGUUGAGAGGUGUAAUGUCAACAAGCUCCAACUGAAUGCUGACAAGUGUAAAGAAAUGGUCAUCGACUUUAAGAGACAAAAACAACAGUUUGAUGCAAUCACAAUCAACUCCAAAGAACUUGAACUGGUGAGCAGUGCCAUAUCCAGUUCACUCCAGUUUACAUGGUAUGGCGUAAUGGGUCAACUCCUUAACUGGUUUAAGGACUAUCUCAACCAUAGAUAUCAGAGAGUUGUGAUAGACGGUGUUGCCUCUCAGUACCUACCAGUCACCUCUGAUGUGCCCCAAGGAAGCUUUGUUGGACCUCUGCUGUUUGUCAUCUUUAUUAAUGACUUACCUGACUCUAUCCAGGAACAGACGAGUUCAGCUCUCUAUGCAGAUGACACAAAAUUAUACCGCUCUAUUUCGUCCCAAAGUGACUGUGAGAACUUGCAAUGUGACAUAUCGAACCUAAAUACUUGGAGUCAUAACUCCAAUAUGAAGUUUAAUGCCUCCAAGUGUAAGGUAUUAACGGUCACUCGGAAGAAAUCGCCUGUACUUACGCACUACCACCUGGACAACGCCAUUUUACAAUGCGUUCAACAGGAAAACGACCUAGGAGUUAUCGUCAAUAGCAAGCUAUCUUGGGACACUCACAUCUCCUCAAUCGUCAGCAAAGCUAACAGGAUGCUUGGUCUCCUGAAGAGAACAUGUCCUCUCAUCACAGACACCAAAGUUAGAUGA